AUGGAUGCGAGGAUAAUUGUGUGCGCUCUGCUGGUAACGUCAACGUUCGUCUUUUCGCCGGGACUGGGUAGUAAAGUGGUGUUUGAACUCGAUGACAUCGCGUUGGAUGACGGCGGUUUCGAAGGGCGCGUGUUGCCCAGAUCUAACGCAAAGAACGAGCGCUCGCUGUGGAUGUUUCAGGAUGAGUACAUCAAGCUGACCUUCUGUCUUCCCAGGAGAACCCAGGUCACCGUCGACGACAUCCUGCUUUCCAACGACGGCGGCGUGGACCGCGUCCUUCUCAAGUGGGACAUCCGCAACGCCAUCGGCAACUUCAACUCGUCCGAGGACAGUAACUGGGGCUUCAGCUGGAAUAACUUCUACAGCACGGGCCAGAUCGGGGCACCACGCUCACUCCCGGCCGGCAAGCAGACCGUCACCGUCAAGGUAGUCAACGCCGACUGCUACGGCGUAGAGCUCGACCAAGUCGUUGUUAGAUUCGAUGAUGACCUUACGGCUGAGAACGUGAAAUGUACAGAUGGUGCGCAGACAACGGCGUCCUCGGGUUAUGUGCACAACCUGUCGCCAACAAACCUUAUUAGUCUGUGCGUCUCCGGGAAGCUGAAGGAAUGGGAGAGAACACACCCGCGUUCUUCGUCUCCUGUAGGCGUUACAGAAGUUUCUGCUGAGAAAGGUGGUGUGACCUGCACUGACGUCGGAUCCAGCACCCAGGAUAGUGUUAUAGACAAACAGUCAACCAGCAGCACAGGGCAGGAGUCAGACGGACCUACGGACACUCAGACCAAACGCGACCCAGGAGAACGGAUACUUAGAACUACGAUAACUACCCAGUCUGACAUAGAGUUUAGCACCGAUAGCAACCCAACAAGGAGUCAGUCUCGGAAUACCGAGCCAAUCUACGACACCACUGCUCUAUCUGGACAGUCUACAAAGGCGACAACAUCUACUUCAGAAUAUGACAAAUCUACACCACUUACUUCUGAAUCCAACAAAUCUACAUUUACUUUACAACCUGACAAAUCUACACCCACUUCGGACUAUGAUAAAUCUACACCAACUUUAGAAUAUGAUAAAACUACACCCACUUCAGGGUAUGACAAAUCUGUAUCUACUUCAGAAUAUGACAAAUCUGUAUCUACUUCAGAAUAUGACAAAUCUACACCCGCUUCAGAUUAUGACAAAUCUGUAUCUACUUCAGAAUACGACAAAUCUGUAUCUACUUCAGAAUAUAACAAAUCUACACCCACUUCAGAAUAUGACAAAUCUACACGCACCUCAGAAUAUGACAAAUCUGUAUCUACUUCAGAAUAUGACAAAUCUACACAAACUUCAGAAUAUGACAAAUCUACACCCACUUCGGAAUAUGACAAAGCUACACCUACUUUGGAAUAUGACAAAGGGUCAUCAGUCAUUCCUGACACUACUAAUGAAGAUUGUCGCAAGAGGGGAACAUGUCCAACACAAAGUACAAAGAGUUCACAGACAAAGAAAUUAUCUACAGAAAAACCUGACCCUGAUGACCGACGCUUUAAAACACCAACAAGUAACCCUGAAUCUGAGCAAUCUACUGAAUCAACAUCUACUUCAGAAUCGAACAAAUCUACAAAAUCAACAUCAACUGCAGAAUCGGAUAAAUCUACAAAAUCAACAUCUACUUCAGAAUCUGAGAAAUCUACAAAAUCGACAUCUACUGCAGAAUCGGAUAAAUCUACAAAAUCAACAUCUACCUCAGAAUCUGAAAAAUCUACAAAAUCAACAUCUACUGCAGAAUCGGAUAAAUCUACAAAAUCAACACCUAUUUCAGAAUACGAGACAUCUACACCUACUUCUGUAUCAGACAAAUCUAUUUCGGAAUAUGUAACAUCUACACCUUCAGAAUCUAAUAAAUCAAUAUCAGAUGUUACCGACAUUACAAAUUGUCUCUGGAAAGGAAAAUGUCCAACAAAAAGUACAGAGAAUUCACAGACAAAUAAAUUAUCUACAGAAAAACCUGACCCUGAUGACCGACGCUUUAAAACAUCAACAAGUGACCCUGAAUCUGAGAAAUCUACAGAAUCAACAUCUACUUCAGAAUCUGAAAUAGCCAAAGAACCAACAUCUUCUUCAGAAUCAGAUAAAUCUACAAAAUCAACAUCUACUUCAGAAUCGGAUAAAUCUACAGAAUCAAAAUCUACUUCAGAAUCUGAGAAAUCUACAGAAUCAACAUCUACUUCAGAAUCAGAUAAAUCUACACAAUCCACAUCUACUUCAGAAUCUAAAAAAUCCAAAGAACCAACAUCUUCUUCAGAAUCAGAUAAAUCUACAAAAUUCACAUCAACUUCGGAAUAUGAAAAAUCUACACUUCAAGAAGUUGACAAAUCGACACCUACUUAUAUAUCAGGCGAAUCUACUCCACAAUCUGUAAAAUCUACACCUUCAGAAUCUAAUAAAUCAAUGUCAGAUGUUACCGACAUUACAAAUUGUCUCUGGAAAGGAAAAUGUCCGAUGCAAAGUACAGAGAGUUCACAAACAAGUAAAGUAUCUACAGAAAAACCUGGCCCUGAUGACCGACGGUUAAAAACAUCAACGAGUAACCCUGAAUAUGAACACUCCACGGAAUCAACAUCUAUUGCUCCAGGGAAUGAUAAAUCUACAUAUGUUUCAGAAUCUGAUAAAUCUACAUCACCUACUUUAGAAUCUGACAAAUCUACAGUUACUCCAGAAUCUGACAAAUCUAAACCAACUUUGGAAUAUGACAAAUCUACACCUACUCCUGACGCUAAUACAUCUAUAUCUACUUCAGAAUCUGACAAACCUAUAUCAGCUAUUACUUGGACUACAGGAAAGGGUUGUCACAAGAAUGGGAAAUGUCCAACACAAAGUACAAAGAAUUCACAGACAAGUAAAUUAUCUACAGAAAAACCUGACGUUGAUGACAGACAGUUUAAAACAUCAACAAGUAACCCUGAAUCUGAGAAAUCUUCAGACACAUCGUCUACUUCAGAAUAUGACAAAUCUACAGAAACAAGAUAUACGGCAGAAUAUGAGAAAUUAACAUCUACUUUAGAAGUGGAUAAAUCUACAGCAUCUACUUCAGGAUCUGACAUAUCAAAAUCUGUUCCGGAAUUUGACAAAUCUACAUCUAUUUCAGAAUCGUAUAAAUCUACGUCACUUACUUCAGAAUCUGACAAAUCUACAUCUACCUCGGAAUAUGACAAAUCAACAUCACCUACGUCAGAAUAUGACAAAUCUACACCUGCUACAGAUGUUGACAAAUCUACAUCUACUUCAAAAUAUGAGAAAUCGACAAUUACUCAAAAAUCUGACAAACCUAUAUCAGCUAUUACUUGGACUACAGGAAAGGGUUGUCACAAGAAUGGGAAAUGUCCAACACAAAGUACAAAGAGUUCACAGACAAGUAAAUUAUCUACAGAAAAACCUGACGUUGAUGACAGACAGUUUAAAACAUCAACAAGUAACCCUGAAUCUGAGAAAUCUUCAGACACAUCGUCUACUUCAGAAUAUGACAAAUCUACAGAAACAAGAUAUACGGCAGAAUAUAAGAAAUUAACAUCUACUUUAGAAGUGGAUAAAUCUACAGCAUCUAUUUCAGGAUCUGACAUAUCAAAAUCUGUUCCGGAAUUUGACAAAUCUACAUCUAUUUCAGAAUCUGAUAAAUCUACAUCACCUACUUCAGAAUCUAACAAAUCUACAUCUACUCCAGAAUCUGAAACAUCUACACCAGUUAUUCCAGACACUACAUAUAAGGGUUGUAGCAAGAAAGGAAAAUGUUCAACACAAAGUAUGGGCUCAUGGACAAAUAAAUUAUCCACAGAAAAAACUGAUCCUGAUGAUCGAAAGUUGAAAACAUCAACAACUAACCCUGAAUCUAAGACGUCUAUAGAAUCAACCUCUGUUUCAGAAUAUGAGAAAUCUACAGAAUCGACUGCUGAAUCUGACAAAUCAACAUCAUCUACUUCAGAUUCUGAGAAACCAUCAUCUACUUCAGAAUCAGACAAAUCAAUGACAUCGACUUCAGAAUUUGAUAAAAAUACCCCUACCCAAGAGUUUGACAAAUCAACAUUAUCUCCUUCAGAAUCUGACAUAUCAACAUCACCUCCUUUAGAAUCUAACAAAUCAACAUUGUCUAUUUCAAAAUCUGACAAAUCAACAUUAUCUCCUUCAGAAUCUAACAGAUCAACAUCGUCUACUUCAGAAUCUGACAAAUCAACAUCGUCUCCUUCAGAAUCUGACAAAUCAACAUCACCUACUUCAGAAUCUAACACAUCUACACCUACGUCAGAAUAUGACAAAUCUACACCACCUACUUCAGAAUCUGACAAAUCUACACCAGUUAUUCCAGACACUACAUAUAAGGGUUGUACCAAGAAAGGAAAAUGUUCAACACAAAGUAUGGGUUCAUGGACAAAUAAAUUAUCUACAGAAAAACCUGACCCUGAUGAUCGAAAGUUAAAAACAUCGACGAGUAAUCCUGAAUCUGAGACGUCUAUAGAAUCAACCUCUGCUUCAGAAUAUGAGAAAUCUACAGAAUCUACUGCAGAAUCUGACAAAUCAACAUCAUCCGCUUCAAAUUCUGAGAAACCAUCAUCUAUUUCAGAAUCAGACAAAUCAAUGACAUCGACUUCUGAAUUUGAUAAAAAUACCCCUACCACUGAGUUUGACAAAUCAACAUUAUCUCAUUCAGAAUCUAACAGAUCAACAUCGUCUACUUCAGAAUCUGACAAAUCAACAUCGUCUCCUUCAGAAUCUAACAAAUCAACAUCACCUACUUCAGAAUCUAACACAUCUACACCUACGUCAGAAUAUGACAAAUCUACACCACCUACUUCAGAAUCUGACAAAUCUACACCAGUUAUUCCAGACACUACAUAUAAGGGUUGUACCAAGAAAGGAAAAUGUUCAACACAAAGUAUGGGUUCAUGGACAAAUAAAUUAUCUACAGAAAAACCUGACCCUGAUGAUCGAAAGUUAAAAACAUCGACGAGUAAUCCUGAAUCUGAGACGUCUAUAGAAUCAACCUCUGCUUCAGAAUAUGAGAAAUCUACAGAAUCUACUGCAGAAUCUGACAAAUCAACAUCAUCCGCUUCAAAUUCUGAGAAACCAUCAUCUAUUUCAGAAUCAGACAAAUCAAUGACAUCGACUUCUGAAUUUGAUAAAAAUACCCCUACCACUGAGUUUGACAAAUCAACAUUAUCUCCUUCAGAAUCUAACAGAUCAACAUCGUCUACUUCAGAAUCUGACAAAUCAACAUCGUCUCCUUCAGAAUCUGACAAAUCAACAUCACCUACUUCAGAAUCUAACACAUCUACACCUACAUCAACAUCGUCUACUUCAGAAUCUGACAAAUCAACAUCGUCUCCUUCAGAAUCUAACAAAUCAACAUCACCUACUUCAGAAUCUAACACAUCUACACCUACGUCAGAAUAUGACAAAUCUACACCACCUACUUCAGAAUCUGACAAAUCUACACCAGUUAUUCCAGACACUACAUAUAAGGGUUGUACCAAGAAAGGAAAAUGUUCAACACAAAGUAUGGGUUCAUGGACAAAUAAAUUAUCUACAGAAAAACCUGACCCUGAUGAUCGAAAGUUAAAAACAUCGACGAGUAAUCCUGAAUCUGAGACGUCUAUAGAAUCAACCUCUGCUUCAGAAUAUGAGAAAUCUACAGAAUCUACUGCAGAAUCUGACAAAUCAACAUCAUCCGCUUCAAAUUCUGAGAAACCAUCAUCUAUUUCAGAAUCAGACAAAUCAAUGACAUCGACUUCUGAAUUUGAUAAAAAUACCCCUACCACUGAGUUUGACAAAUCAACAUUAUCUCCUUCAGAAUCUAACAGAUCAACAUCGUCUACUUCAGAAUCUGACAAAUCAACAUCGUCUCCUUCAGAAUCUGACAAAUCAACAUCACCUACUUCAGAAUCUAACACAUCUACACCUACGUCAGAAUAUGACAAAUCUACACCACCUACUUCAGAAUCUGACAAAUCUACACCAGUUAUUCCAGACACUACAUAUAAGGGUUGUACCAAGAAAGGAAAAUGUUCAACACAAAGUAUGGGUUCAUGGACAAAUAAAUUAUCUACAGAAAAACCUGACCCUGAUGAUCGAAAGUUAAAAACAUCGACGAGUAAUCCUGAAUCUGAGACGUCUAUAGAAUCAACCUCUGCUUCAGAAUAUGAGAAAUCUACAGAAUCUACUGCAGAAUCUGACAAAUCAACAUCAUCCGCUUCAAAUUCUGAGAAACCAUCAUCUAUUUCAGAAUCAGACAAAUCAAUGACAUCGACUUCUGAAUUUGAUAAAAAUACCCCUACCACUGAGUUUGACAAAUCAACAUUAUCUCCUUCAGAAUCUAACAGAUCAACAUCGUCUACUUCAGAAUCUGACAAAUCAACAUCGUCUCCUUCAGAAUCUGACAAAUCAACAUCACCUACUUCAGAAUCUAACACAUCUACACCUAUGUCAGAAUAUGACAAAUCUACACCACCUACUUCAGAAUCUAACACGUCUACACCUACGUCAGAAUAUGACAAAUCAACAUCACCUACUUCAGAAUCUAACACAUCUACACCUACGUCAGAAUAUGACAAAUCUACACCACCUACUUCAGAAUCUGACAAAUCUACAUCUACUCCAGAAUCUGAAACAUCUACACCAGUUAUUCCAGACACUACAUAUAAGGGUUGUAGCAAGAAAGGAAAAUGUUCAACACAAAGUAUGGGUUCAUGGACAAAUAAAUUAUCCACAGAAAAACCUGACCCUGAUGAUCGAAAGUUAAAAACAUCGACGAGUAAUCCUGAAUCAGAGACGUCUACAGAAUCAACCUCUACUUCAGAAUAUGAGAAAUCUACAUCAACUACUUCAGAAUCUGACAAAUCAACAUCACCUACUUCAGAAUCUGACAAAUCAACAUCACCUACUUCAGAAUCUGACAAACCAACAUUAUCUACUUCAAAAUCUGACAGAUCAACAUCACCUACUUCAGAAUCUGACAAAUCAACAUCAUCUACUUCAGAAUCUGACACAUCAGCAUCGUCUACUUCAGAAGCUGACACAUAUACACCAUCUCCUUCACAAUCUGACAAAUCAUCAUCGUCUACUUCAAAAUCUGGCACACCAACAUCGUCUACUUUAGAUUCUGACAGAACAACAUCGUCUCCUUCAGAAUCUGACAGAUCAACAUCACCUACUUCAGAAUCUGACAAAUCAACAUCCUCUACUUCAGAAUUUGACAAAUCAACAUCGUCUACUUCAGAAUCUGACAAAUCAACAUCACCUACUUCAGAAUCUGACAAAUCAACAUCACCUACUUCAGAAUCUGACAAAUCAACAUCACCUACUUCAGAAUCUGACAAACCAACAUUAUCUACUUCAAAAUCUGACAGAUCAACAUCACCUACUUCAGAAUCUGACAAAUCAACAUCGUCUACUUCAGAAUCUGACAGACCAACAUCAUCUACUUCAGAAUCUGACAGAUCGACAUCAUCUACUUUAGAAUCUGACAGAUCAACAUCGUCUACAUCAGAAUCUGACAAGCCAACAUUGUCUACUUCAGAAUUUGACAAACCAACAUCAUCUACUUCAGAAUCUGAGAAAACGGUAGCAGUAACAAGGACUACUUCUGAAUAUAAGAAAUCAACAGAAUCAGACACAUUUACUUCACGUACUUCGGCGUCUGACAAAUCAACAGCUAUGCCAGACUCCGAAAAGACUUCAACUCCAAGUGACCAAAAUAUGAAAACAACAGACAAACCUGACCCCGACGCCCGAGCCCUAUCGUCCACAAGCAUGACCCCAUCAACUGACAAACCCUGGGAUUUUCAGAGUGUAAACGAGUCUUUUACUCUUGAGUGUUUGUCUAAUUCUCUCGUCACCUUAGUUCGCAGAGAUCAUUUGCGCUGUUCUAAUGGAAAGAUCCGUCUUGAUAUCUACACAUCGACGGUAACACAACUCCUUGUUUCAGUACCCUUUGCUGGAACUACUGAUGAACAGCCAUCGUCGCGUCACAAGAGACGAGCGUCUAUCGACCACACUAUUUUUAAAUUAGGCCACCAAAGCAGUCAAUGUGUUGAUGAUAUGGGAAGAGAACUUCAACCGAGUGAAACAACGAUCUCCCUUAACAAUACUAAUAUCAGCAACAUGUUUCCACUAACAAUAGAUCCUCAAAUCUCCAAUUCCCUAUCCAUAAAGUUCACAUUUAACUCCACCAUGCAACAUUUCUGGGGAAAGGUUUUCAGAGGCAGAUUGACUAUUGGCACCAGCUGCUUGAAAGAGGUCACUGUGGCUGCCAGUUUCACCGACAUGCUGACAAACAAGCUUCUUCCACUGGGAUCCAUAUUUAUACAGGAUAGCAGCAGUCAAAUGCCCGUGUGGACAUUUACACUGGAUACCCGUGGCAAGAAGAGGGAUUUUGAAAUAAACUUAAAUUUCUCAAAAACAUCUGAACCGUUUGGACUGAAUUACAUCAAAAUGGAGGCCCAAGACACCUCGAUAUCGCCUGGAGGUUGGUUUGGAAAACAUUCUGGCGAACCUAAGAAGUGGAUUCUAUCCAGCAACCCCGAGGUCAAACUGGAAGGUAGAUCUAGUGGUAAGGGAAAGACAAAGAAGAUGGGAGUACGAAUUAAUGGUUCGAAGAAGACCAAGAUGGUAGAUUCUUUGGUGUUUUCUUCAUUUCUGUCUCCUGGACAAAAAGAAAAAGCUAGAUUUGUGCUGCAACAGAAUGGCCGUGCCAUGUUUUAUCCAGAGGAGGAGCCACAAGAGCAGCCUGCCUUUUUCUUCGGUGGUGGAAACUUUGACGUAGGGUCUCCCGACGCAGAUAUCAAAACCAUCGACAUUUCUUCUAACGGACAGAACUUCGAGCUGGAUAUCGUCUCGAAAAGCCACACAAAGACGAAAGUGGUGGUGAGCAUGGAGAAAAAUACGACCAACCUGAACGUAACAAGCGUUAAUCCCCCGAACAUUAUUGGCAGCAUCAAAGUCUGUUCUUUGACAUUGCCAUGCUGGAGGCCAAGAGAAGGCAAGCAGUCAUUCGUGUCAGCCGACGGUACCGAACAAAUUCCAGUGUUGUCGCCAUGGAAACGUAUCACUGGCAAGAAACUAAAGAUCGAAAGAUUUAAAACAGACUAG